AUGUCUGGCUCUUCUUCUAACCAGUACUCUUCCUUUCUCAAGCUGUGCUGCGAAACCCGGAAUCAGACCCAGGUCAAGAAGCUGCAUUGCCAGAUCCUAAAGACUCUAUCGAACCCAGAGCCUUUCCUCUCCAACAACCUGAUUAACGCGUAUGGCAACCUGCGAAAUCCAUUGUACGCCCGCAACGUGUUCGACAAAAUGGCCCAACCAAAUCCUUUCUCUUGGAACACCCUUCUUUCUGCUUACUCCAAGUCUGGGGACCUCUCGACAAUGCAAGACAUCUUCAAUCUCAUGCCGAGCAGAGACGGGGUGUCCUGGAAUUCGCUUAUUUCCGGGUAUGCGGUUCAUGGGUCGGUUACUGAAGUUGUCGGGACUUAUAGCAUGAUGCUUAGGGAUGGAUCUGUUAAUUUGAAUCGAAUUACAUUUUCUACCUUGCUCAUGUUGUCGUCAAGUAAAGGGCAAGUCAACUUGGGCAGGGCGAUUCAUGGGCACAUACAGAAAUUUGGGUUCAAGGCUUGUGUGUUCGUUGGAAGUUCUUUGGUCGAUAUGUAUUCCAAAAUAGGGUCGGUUCAUGAGGCCGUGAAAGCAUUCAAUGAAAUUCCCCAAAGGAAUGUUGUAAUGUAUAAUACACUGAUCACGGGACUUUUACGUCAUGGAGUGGUGGAGGACGCUAAGUGUCUCUUUCACAACAUGAAGGAAAGAGAUUCAAUUUCCUGGACGACGAUGAUAACUGGUUUUGUACAGAAUGGAUUAGAUAGAGAUGCCCUUAAUUUAUUUCAGGAGAUGAGAUUAGCCGGGAUGAUCAUUGAUCAGUAUACUUUCGGGAGUGUGCUGACUGCAUGUGGGGGACUGAAGCUCCUUGAAGAGGGCAAGCAAGUUCAUGCUUUUAUCAUCAGGAAGGACUAUAAAGAUAAUGUCUUUGUGGGUAGUGCUCUCCUGGACAUGUAUUGCAAAUGUAGAAAUGUACAAUAUGCUGAAGCAGUUUUUAGGAGAAUGCGGCACAGGAAUGUUGUUUCAUGGACAGCAAUGCUUGUGGGCUAUGGCCAGAAUGGAUUCAGUGAGGAAGCUAUUAAGAUUUUCUCCGACAUGCAGAAAAAUGGGAUUGAGCCUGAUGAUUUUACUCUGGGUAGUGUCAUCAGUUCAUGUGCAAACUUGGCGAGCUUAGAAGAAGGAGCUCAAUUCCAUGCGCAAGCCCUAAUGUCAGGCUUGAUUUCUUUUAUUACUGUCUCCAAUGCACUCAUUACUCUGUAUGGUAAAUGCGGAAGUGUUGAGUACUGCAACCAGUUGUUUGAUCAGAUGGUAUUCAGGGAUGAAGUUUCUUGGACUGCAUUGAUUUCAGGAUAUGCACAAUUUGGCAAUGCUGAUAAGACUAUCACAUUAUUUGAGAAGAUGUUGGCACAAGGCCUAAGACCCGAUUCAGUUACAUUCAUUGGGGUUCUUUCAGCUUGUAGUAGAGCAGGACUAGUGGAAAGAGGGUAUCGGUAUUUUGAAUCAAUGUCUAGAGACCAUGGCAUACUUCCUAUUCAUGAUCACUAUACUUGCAUGAUUGACCUCUUAAGUCGAGCUGGAAGAAUAAAAGAAGCACAAGACUUUAUUCAUAAGAUGCCUUUCCCGCCAGAUGCAGUUGGUUGGGCUACUUUGUUGAGCUCUUGCAGAGUUCACUCCAACCUAGAGGUAGGGAAAUGGGCAGCUGAGUCGCUUCUAGACCUAGAGCCAACAAAUCCUGCAGGGUAUAUCUUGCUCUCAAGUAUCUAUGCUGCUAAAGGAAAAUGGAAUACUGUAGCUCAGUUAAGGAGAGGAAUGCGAGAAAAGGGUUUAAGAAAGGAUCCUGGAUGCAGUUGGAUAAAGUUUAAGAACAAGCUUUACAUUUUCUCAGCAGACGACUUCUCCAGUCCAUAUUAUGAUCAGAUAUAUGCUGAGUUGGAAAAAUUAAACGAGAAAAUGAUACAAAUGGGGUAUGUGCCAGAUGCCAGUUCAGUUCUACAUGAUGUUGAGGAACUGGAGAAAAUAAAGAUGCUUGGCCACCAUAGUGAGAGGCUGGCGAUUGCCUUCGGAUUGAUAUUCAUUCCUCGUCAUUGUCCUAUAAGAAUAGUUAAAAAUUUGAGGGUGUGCAGGGAUUGUCAUAAUGCUACUAAAUACAUCUCAAAGAUAACUCAGAGGGAGAUCCUUGUUAGAGAUGCGGUCAGGUUCCAUUUGUUUAAGGAUGGGGCAUGCUCUUGUGGAGAUUUUUGGUAA